UUCCCGUGUUGUUUUAUUUGGCUCAAGUCCAUGAUUCACUCAUUACAAACAGGGUUGCAACAUUAUGCAACAUUAACCACCAUAUUUGCAGAAAAAGAUACUUCCAGAAACAGGAGCUAAAUGCUGCAUUUCAUUUAAUGACUACAAGUUCCCAGUCCGACACGUUUCUUUAAUACAGGCCGAAUAUAAAACGGACAUUUCCCUCGUUAACAUGGAAGGCCUACACCCAUUAAGGAAUGUUGAUCUACGGUCAGUUCGGUUCGAACCGCCUCUCAGAAUAUGAAGACUGCCUUUACUGUCGCAGGCCGAUCUCAGAACUGCGCAUUGAAUCCAGAUUUUUUUCUAUCGAACUUGUAUGCUUGCAAUGUGCCCGCCCACGAGGGAGGUUAAAAAGCUUUGGUUUCCACCUCCGGUGUCGAAGAGCUGCCAUCUUUGUACCCGUUUAUAUACAAAAAUAAGUAAUAAUUCCAACUAAUUAAGAGGGAAAACUUAUUUCAAACGUGAGACAAGUCAAGGGACAUAUGCUCGGUUCAUAAUAAGCACUUGACGCCAGAUCAAGGUAAGGAAUGAACGGCUUUUACAGCUACCAACCCAUGAAUGUAAUCUGGCUCGCGUUAGCUUGCUAACUAGCAAGAUCCCCGCAUCUAAAGUAACAUGCUAUUAUAAAAUCAAGUCUUUAUAGCACGGCAACACAGCCGCAUGGUAGCAGCAGACACGGAGACGAUGUGUAAAUAAAAUGCACAUGGCAGAACGUUUAGUAAACAGGACAUAGCUAGCUACUUUAACUAUGCUGCAUGGUCUCCCACUUGAAAGAGCGGACUAGCUAGCCAUUUUAGCCUAACGUUAGACGCAGUUUUGUUUUGCCAGCAAGCGAAUACAAACAGCGUAAAGGGCAUCAAACGACGGGUGCCAUCAGUUCACACAAGACGGUAAGCAACUUGUGCGCAUACAUAUAACAACAACUUACAAAAAAACACGAUUACUUGUGAAAUGCGAAUAAAAUGUUCCAUAGCACUCGAUGAGGCGUGCGUGAAAGAAUGCUGUUAACCGGAUGUGGAAGUAGUUUUUUCUCUCCGUGUAAAAUAGGAAUUUCUCUACUGACUUCCCCCGGAAAACCAACAACUUAAUAUCAAAGAGUUUCCUGUGUUGUAUUUAAUGUUGCCGAGGGGGUUUAUUAAAUGCUUGUGUUGGAAGUGUUGAUGGGUAAUGGACACAUGGCCGACUCUAUUGCGUUUUCACCACCGAGGCGCGUAAAAUGGCUACUCGGGACCAGGCUCUGGCUUUCACCCCGAAAGAGAGCCGCAUUAGAGUGUGCUUGGUUACUAUGUUGCAAUCAUAAAUCGUCGACUUUUCCUCAAGCGAGCGAUAUAUUUGCCUCAAUAUAAAACGCAUAACAUUUUAGUAAAUAUCGUUUUCGUUGUCGCUUGUUAUAUCAUUUGAGUUCAAUAAUGUUGUCGGAUAGACUUGCUUUAUUACUUUUCCAAAGAGAUAACAUUGUUUUGCGCCAAUGGAUUAUCAGAUCGUCAUGUGCAAAGAUGGUUUCCCCGCCCUCGGCGGCAGUACUGCGUCAGUCCAUCCAUGUGUAAUACACACCAGCGUUCCCUCCAGCGUCGUGGCGCUCUCUUCCACGAGACACUCCUGUUGAGAGUUCUUUGUUUGUGUGUGUGUGUGUGUUUGAUUAAGAUGUUUGUCAGCUUUCUGCAAAAUUGAGUGUUUUGACUGAUAAGCUACAGGUUUACUCAACAUCAAUACCCUACGUUUUGUAUUUUGAAAUGUUAGUAUGUUAAAUAAGUGUUUACCCUAUAAUCCUGUUCAUUCAUUUUAACCCCAAAUCAAGGGAGUAAAGGGAACUAUAUGAUGACAAUGAACACAUAAAGAUCUACAUUAGUCAGAUUUAGUACAUGAAAUAAAGACAACAUAGAUUGACAACUACGAGGUGUCCUGGCUUUGGCCCUAGCCGAGUGCUUCAAACUUUGACCCGUUGUUUGCGGCGUGUCCUGAAGUCCCCCCUCUCUCUCUGUCUUUGUGUGUCCUGAUGCCCUCUCUCUCUCUGUCUGUCUGUCUGUCUGUGUGUCAGAUGUCGCUGGUGGACCUAGGUAAGCGUCUGCUGGAGGCGGCUCGUAAGGGCCAGGAUGACGAGGUCCGAACCCUGAUGGCCAACGGUGCGCCCUUCACCACAGACUGGUUGGGGACGUCCCCCCUCCACCUGGCGGCCCAACACGGUCACUACUCCACGGCUGAUGUGCUGCUCCGCGCGGGCGUCAGCAGGGACGCCCGCACCAAGGUGGACAGGACCCCUCUACACAUGGCCGCCGCCGAGGGACACACACUCAUCGUAGAGCUGCUCGUCAGGAGCGGAGCGGACAUCAACGCCAGGGACAUGCUGAAGAUGACAGCGCUCCACUGGGCGGCGCAGCACGGCCACCAGGGCGUGGCCGAGAUGCUGGUGAAGCACGGCGCCGACGUGCACGCCGUGUCCAAGUUCGACAAGACGCCGUUUGACAUCGCCGCCGACAGCCAGAACGCCGACCUCAUGCUGCUGCUGCAGGAGGGCAUGCAGAACCAGGUGAACCUUAAUGAGAACAGCGCCACUUCCCCCCAGUAUAUCAUCCAGGGCAUCCCUGGACUGCAGGGAGGCGUGGUCAACCUGGCAGACCUCAUCAACAGAGCCAACGCAGUUGAAUCGGAGGACACCAUCGCUGCCAGCUCCCUGGACCCCAGCAUCCAGCGCGUGGUUACCGAGGGAGGUCAGAGGGUCAUCACCAUAGUAACAGACCAGCAUGGCAACCUCCAGACUACAGGCGGGCUGGGUCAGCAGUUCUUCCUCACCAUGCAGAACGGACAGCAGAUGUUGGCGGUGCCGGCCAAUCAGGUGACAGAGGAGGUGGUGGAAGACGAGAUCCAGCCGCCGCCCACACGCAAACGGAGGCUGGAGUCCUCGUCCAAUCACACGGAUUCUGGAGACACGGAGAUGUUACAGAAGCAGCUACAGGAGGCCAACAGGAAGGCACACGAGUACCGCACGCAGCUCCACAGGAAGGAGCAGGAGGCCGAGGAGUACCGCGUCCGCCUGGAGGCCAUGUCCCACGGCCACACCAACGGCAGGGCGUCCCCCGGCCCGGAGGAGGUGGUCCUGGAGGAGGAGGAGCUGGAGGAGGAGGAGGUGGUGGAGGAGGAGCUGGGCGGCGUCCAGGUGGAGCCGGCCGACGGCCAGGAGGAGAUGGUGCUGCUGCACGAGGGGGCGCUCGUUUUGAAGAGCGGUCCGGGGCUGGACUGCGGCGGGGAGCAGGUGACGCUGGUGGAGACCACCUGCGGGGGCGAGGACGGCUCCUAACGCCUGGAGGCUCGGGGGAGGGAUGGAGGGAUGGACUGGAGGAGGAGGAGGGAAAUCAUAAACACGGACUCGGGCUGUUUAAGGAAAGCCUAUACCUUUUUGUCGCAGUUCUUAAUCCUUUACUAUCUCCUCCUUGUUUUGCUCCUUUUAUGUACAAUAGUUCUACUUCCUUCUCUGGUUACUAUGAUUAUUAUUAUUAUUAUUGUUGAGUUGGAGGUCAAGAGGACUUUAAAUAAAGGAAGUGACUGAC